AACAGAGGGAGACCCUGUCUCCAAAAACAAAAAAAGGAAAAGGUUGUAGCUCAAGGUGCAGCAUGUAAACACAGGUCCUUAAACAAUAGUAGGUGUUAUGGGUUUUUGUAUAAAUACAACAGAUAUUUGUACAGCUAAUUUUGCUGUAUGAACCUUCCUCUCUUGUCUAAAGCAUGCUGAUAGCACUGGUUCUUACCUGGCUAAGGUAAGAACAUUACAUUCACCUGAUGAGAUUUUAAAACUAAUUUAAAAGCAUAUUGGCCAUUCAUAUAGGUCCUGGCUUGUAGAUGUGUAUUCAUAGCAGCUUUACUUAUAAUAAGACCCCAAAACUAGAAAAAGUCCAUCACUGGGUUAAUGAAUAAACAAAUUGUGGUAUAUACACUACAAUGAAAUAUUCCUCAGCAGUACAAAAGGAAUGAAUUACUGAUGCAUGUAACAACUCUUGAUUAAUUUCAAAAGAUCAUUAAAAUCAUAAUCUCUGUGGAGAGGCAAAAAGCUCCCCUGGUAGUUCUAAGAUGGAGAGAGUUGUUAAUCAUUGGCAUGUACAAAUGAAAUAUUCUAUUGCUUCUUAAGAGGCCUUGCUGUACCCCUUAAGAAUGAAGCACCAACUAUAAAAUCUUUAUUAGACAUGUGUCAUGUUAAUUUAUCACCAAAUUUGACCCAUUGAAAGGAUUCAAGAAGCUAGUUCCCACCGUUCGCUUUUUUGGUUGUACAGUAUACUAACUCUCCAGGAGUCUACUAUGGCUCAAGAAUCUCCCAAAAAUUCAGCAGCAGAAAUUCCAGUGACUAGUAAUGGAGAAGUUGAUGACUCUCAUGAACAUGGCUUUAAUAGGGAUUUGAAGCAUUCAUUACCAUCUGGACUUGGACUCUCAGAAACCCAAAUUACAUCUCAUGGCUUUGACAGUAGCAAAGAGGGAGUUGUUGAAGCAGGAGCCUUUCAAGGUUCCCCAGCACCGCCAUUGCCAUCUGUUAUGUCUCCUAGCAGAGUUGCAGCUAGUCGACUGGCUCAACAAGGAAGUGAUUUAAUUGUUCCCGCAGGUGGCCAGAGAACACAGACAAAAGGUGGACCAGUUAUUCUAGCAGAUGAAAUUAAAAAUCCUGCAAUGGAAAAGUUAGAACUUGUUAGAAAAUGGAGUCUAAACACUUAUAAGUGUACUCGACAAAUUAUCUCUGAGAAGCUAGGCCGUGGCUCAAGAACUGUGGACCUUGAACUUGAAGCUCAAAUUGAUAUAUUAAGGGAUAACAAGAAAAAAUAUGAAAAUAUUUUAAAACUGGCUCAAACAUUGUCGACCCAGCUUUUCCAGAUGGUACAUACCCAAAGGCAACUUGGAGAUGCAUUUGCUGACCUGAGUUUGAAGUCACUAGAACUUCAUGAAGAAUUUGGCUAUAAUGCAGAUACCCAGAAGCUGCUGGCUAAAAAUGGAGAGACUCUUCUUGGGGCCAUUAAUUUUUUCAUUGCUAGUGUGAACACUUUGGUGAAUAAAACAAUUGAAGAUACAUUAAUGACUGUGAAACAGUAUGAAAGUGCCAGGAUUGAAUAUGAUGCAUAUCGCACUGAUUUGGAAGAACUGAAUCUUGGACCACGUGAUGCAAACACUCUGCCGAAGAUUGAGCAGUCACAGCAUCUCUUCCAAGCACAUAAGGAAAAAUAUGAUAAAAUGCGCAAUGAUGUUUCUAUCAAAUUAAAAUUUCUAGAAGAAAAUAAGGUUAAAGUAUUGCACAAUCAGCUGGUCCUUUUCCACAAUGCCAUUGCCGCUUACUUUGCUGGGAAUCAGAAGCAGCUUGAACAGACACUUAAACAGUUCCAUAUCAAAUUGAAAACCCCUGGAGUGGAUGCCCCAUCUUGGCUUGAAGAACAGUAAAAUCACACCAGAAAAUAAAAAGAAAGUCGCAUUGUUAUAUUUCUAAACAAACUUAACAAGAAUUAAGCAGAGUUGGGGGAAGUGGGAGGGGUGACAGCCAUUGUAGUGGUCUUGCACAAACAGCUUUAAUUUUUCCCUUUUUCAUACUUUAACAAUUGAACUGUUAAAUUUGAUGGGAAGGUGGGUGGUUUUAAUGUAGACAUAGUUUCUAUAAUCUGAACACAAUAAUUUUCCUUUUUGAGAAAUCCUUUUGUAUUGUGAGGGUUGAUGGCUAUUUCUGUAGUUUGAAAACAUCUAAUAUAGAUUUGCACUGACAAGAUAAAAAUUCAAGGUUUUUGGUCCUGGAAAUGAGGGCCAAUUGUAACUUUUCCAAAGGGAGGUUUACAUGAUUUGUAUCAACAUCAGAUAUUUUAUAUAUGAAUAUAUUAAACAUCUUUAAGAGAUUCAUUUUCAUGUAUUAAAGAAAAAAGAAACUAUUUUGCAGAGUAAAGUUAUAUGGUGUUCCUGCAGCGUCCACAUAGAGGCAGCAGCUCUAUUGAAUGACUGAUUAGCUUGUGGAGUUGUGGCAAAUAUCUUUUUAAAAAUGAAUCUGUACCAUUGUAAUUUUGUUUAGACUAUUUUUAAAGACACAGAAAUGACACUGUCAUUUCUGUGAGACUUUUAAGCUUCUGAAUUUCUUCACCCAAAGUCAUUGGACAGUUGCAUUUGCAGUUUCUUGUGGUUCAUAACGAAACCUGCUUAAGGGAAUUUUUUUUUUUUCUGACAGGUGGAUGUGGGAAUGGAAAUUCUUCGUGGUUUCUCAAGUAGAAAUCUGUACUUAGAAAACUAGUUUUUGGGUUGGUUCCAUUUUGAUAGAAGUGAAUAUGUAGACAGCUCUUAUUGACUUCCAUAUGUAACAAUACCGUUUAAGCCUUAAAUCACAGAUAACGUGCCUUCUCAGAUACAGUAAUUCUUGUUCAACCAAUGUAGAAAAUCCAUAAAGAAGCCCCUGUUGGAUAAUGUUUGAUGUGUCUAUUCCUUCCAUGGAAAGGAGCACUAUGUAUAAAUGUUGGGUUUCUUUGUACUCAUUAAGCCACAUUUGAGGUUUAUGGUAAAAAUCAACUUUUGAGUUUGCUCUUUGGUUUUUCUUCAUUCCUUUUGAGGAAUGGGAAAACGGAAGGAUUCUUUGAUUUGGGUAAUGAAGAGGUAAUUUGGGACAGUGUGGUCGUAGCAGAAAGAAAGGAUUGGAAAGGCCAGUACUGUUUUAGUUGCUCCGUACUAUUGGUUUUGUGUUAAUGUGGUUGCCCUGUCCACUACAUGGUUCUAUCAGCAACGUAAUCCAUUUUCAAUGUAAAGCUCUUUUCAUUUUUGUCAUAGACAUAAAUUAAUAUUUUGAGAGGUAUCCCUCACCUGUUCAUUUCUUCUGUGUUAAAAUGAAGUACUUAAAAUUACUGUUAUACAUGAACUUUGUGGACUGUAAGAUUUGUUAUAUAUGUUCAAAUGCCUUUUAGCUGGCUUUUUAAUUAAUAUGCCUGUUUUGAGUGCUUAAUACAAUGUAAUGUGAUUGUAAAUCAUAAACCUAUUUUAAAUCAUUCCUUCCUGUAUAUUUUUACUCAGAGAGCCUUAUUUUAUUCUUCCAGCAGAAUUACUACUUGUGAUAGUUCAUUUACAUUCCCCAGAAUGUGCCUCUGGUGUGAAUUUUGUAUUCUUAUUAAAAGUGUUUGCUGCAGUAAA